CGUAUACGACGCUCACGGACGCACGCGGUGGCGCAUGACUCCACGUACCCACGCCAUUGGCCAAUAGCUUUUGGGCACGCGCCUAGGGGCUUCCCGGUCUUUUUUUUUUUUUUUUUGGUGCUCGCAUGGUUUCCUGGGAGUUGUAGUUCUGUCUCCUGCGGGUGCGCUACCGUCGAGAGGCGGCUCAGAGGUCCCAGCCCGUCCGUCGCCUUUGGCGCUCCGCUCGGAGGAUGGAUCCUGGGCCGGGCACCGACGCGGUACCCCUUGCGGGCCUCGUCUGGUCGUCGGCCUCGGCGCCUCCGCCGCGGGGAUUCAGCGCGAUCUCUUGCACCGUCGAGGGGGCACCCGCCAGCUUUGGCAAGAGCUUCGCGCAGAAAUCUAGCUACUUCCUGUGCCUUUGUCCUCUGGGCAGCCUGGAGAAUCCUCAGGAGAACAUAGUGGCCGAUAUCCAGAUUGUGGUGGACAAGAGCCCCCUCCCGCCAGGCUUCUCCCGGGUCUGCGACCCCCAGGACUCCAAGGCCUCUGUGUCUAAGAAGAAAUGCAUGUGUGUGAAGCUGGUACCCCUGGGGGCUGCAGACACAGCUGUGUUUGAUGUCCGGCUGAGUGGGAAGACCAAAACAGUGCCUGGAUACUUACGAGUGGGGGAUAUGGGUGGCUUUGCCAUCUGGUACAAGAAGGCCAAGGCCCCGAAGCCAGUGCCCAAGCCCCGAGGUCUCAGUCGGGACAUGCGGGGGCUUUCCCUGGACCCACCAAGUCAGCCAAGCAAGGGUGCUUUACCAGAGCGGACGCUGUCAAGGCUGGGCUCUCGGGCGUCUACCCUGAGAAGGAAUGACUCCAUCUAUGAGGCAUCCAGCCUGUAUGGCAUCUCAGCCAUGGAUGGUGUUCCCUUCACCCUGCACCCCCGAUUCGAGGGCAAGAGCUGCAGCCCCCUGACCUUCUCUGCUUUUGGAGACCUGACCAUCAAGUCUCUGGCAGACAUUGAGGAGGAGUACAACUACGGCUUUGUGGUGGAGAAGACUGCUGCUGCCCGCCUGCCCCCCAGUGUCUCCUAGCCCUCUGCCAUAUACCCUGCAGCCUGGCGGUCAUCCCACUACACCCCUACCCAUGAACCUCCACAUCACAGGACAUUUUGGACCUUCAUCCACCACUGCAGCUCUGGAGGUGGGGGUGGGCUGGGGUCUUGGGGCCUGUGCCCUAGGGUCCUGCAGGGCAUGGGUUGAGGCUGAAUGGAAACCAGUGCCUUCAAGUCAUUUGUGUCAAAACUCUGGUUUUUGGUGCCUGGAGAUGGCACUGGGAUCCUCCUUGUAUUAAACACUACCCUGUUUGCAUCUGGA